CAACCCCUCUCGCUUUCUCACUCGUGUCGUACGUCGUGUCGUGCACGAACUAAACCGUAAACGUCGUCGGUUUUUUUCGAUAAAAGUUCGAUAUUUUGUUCGUGUCGUCAAAUACGCGUAUUUAUAUUUUGUAAUUCGAUCGGCGCGUAAAUGGUAUCAUUUGUCUUCCAAAGGUAGCUCUCCGAUCGUUAAGUUCUUGAAAAUGUCGAUAAAAACACUUUCUUGAUAUAUCAGAAGCGUCAAACGUAACGCGGAUAUCUUCGAAGUUGUUACGUUGUUACGAAUUUGAAGGAAAUGGCGAACACAGGAGUAUUACCCUUCGUACGUGGGAUUGAUUUUAGCAACAAUGACUUUGGCGGUGGCAAAUUUCCCGAAUCCGUACGCCUGAUGACCGGUAUACAAUGGCUGAAAUUGAACGAGACCAAUUUGACCGAGAUUCCAGAAGAAAUGGGCAAAUUAUUGAAGCUGGAACACCUUUCGUUAGUUAAGAACAAAGUGGAACGCUUGUACGGAGAAUUAACGGAACUCUGUUGCCUCAGAACGUUGAACAUAAGACGCAACAACGUUAAAUCGAGCGGUAUUCCAGCAGAGUUGUUUCAUCUGGAAGAAUUGACCACGUUGGAUUUGAGUCACAAUAAUUUGAAGGAGGUACCAGAAGGUUUGGAGAGAGCUCGAUCUUUGUUAAAUCUGAAUUUAAGUCACAAUCACAUCGAGACAAUUCCAAACACGUUGUUCAUUCAUUUGACCGAUUUGCUAUUUCUGGAUCUUAGUUGCAACAAGUUGGAGACGUUGCCACCGCAGACUCGCCGCUUGGCAAAUUUACAAACUUUAAACUUGAAUCACAAUCCAUUGGGACACUUUCAAUUGAGGCAAUUGCCGUCUUUGAUGAAUUUAAUAGCUCUACAGAUGCGCGACACGCAAAGGACGUUGAACAACAUUCCGUCGAGUUUAGAGACAUUGACGAAUCUGCAGGAGCUGGAUUUGUCGGAAAAUAAUUUACCUCGGGUACCGGACGCGCUUUACUCUCUGUUGAACUUACGUCGCUUGAACUUGAGCGACAAUCAAAUAACCGAAUUGUCAACGGCGAUUGAGCUUUGGACAAAAUUGGAAACGUUGAAUAUAUGUCGCAAUAAAUUGACCACGAUACCUGCCUCUCUCUGUAAGAUCGUUACUCUCAGGAGAUUGUACUUGAACGACAAUCAAUUAGAUUUCGACGGUAUUCCUUCGGGCAUUGGCAAACUAUCGUCGUUGCAAGUAUUCUCAGCGGCCAAUAAUCGUUUGGAAAUGAUACCCGAAGGUUUGUGCAGAUGUGGAUCGUUGAAGAAAUUAAUACUAUCUUCCAAUCGACUGAUCACCGUACCGGACGCUAUACAUCUUCUCAACGAUCUGGAACAACUGGAUUUGAGGAAUAAUCCGAAUUUAGUAAUGCCGCCAAAACCAACGGAAGUUCAAAAAGGUUCUGGCAUAGAAUUUUAUAACAUUGAUUUUUCUUUGCAACAUCAGUUGCGACUUGCUGGCGCCAACAUUCCCACGCCUGUUCAAACUUCUGGCCCAAACGAUGGGACGAAACUCUGGAGAAACCACCGUUGGAUUAUUCCGAAUUUUUCGACGAAGACGCCGGCCAGGUUCCUGGUCUAUCCGUGUGGGAGAUAGAGAACUUUUUGCCCAACGAGAUAGAGGAAGUGGCACACGGAAAGUUUUACGAAGGUGAUUGCUACAUCGUUUUAAAAACCGAAAUAGACGAAGCUGGUUCCUUAGUUUGGGCGAUUUAUUUCUGGAUAGGGGAGAAAGCUACGUUGGACAAAAGAGCUUGCGCCGCGAUUCACGCGGUAAAUCUGCGUAAUUACUUGGGCGCGCAAUGCCGUACUAUCAGAGAGGAACAGGGCGAAGAAUCGGACGAAUUUCUAAUGUUGUUCGAGUCUGGCAUCACGUACAUCGAAGGAGGUCGUACAUCGUCCGGUUUCUACACGGUCGAAGAUACGCCGUCGAUAACACGAUUGUACAGGGUACACGCUGCCGGUGCUUCGAUCCAUUUAGAGCCGGUUCCCGUUCGUUUCGAUUCUCUGGACCCGGGUUUCGUGUUCGUCCUGGAUACUGGCAACAAGAUUUUCAUAUGGUACGGCAAAAAAGCGAAAAGUACGUUGAAGUCGAAAGCCAGAUUAAUGGCCGAGAAGAUCAACAAAAACGAAAGAAAGAACAAAGCGGAGAUUAUAACGGAAAUUAUGACUACGGAGUCGGACGACUUUUUGUCGUGUUUAAACGUCGAAGAUGUUUCUCAGGUGCCAACGAUUACCGAACGUGAAGAUGCGAAUUUCACACCACUCGCGCCACGUCUGUAUCAGGUACAACUCGGUAUGGGUUACUUGGAAUUGCCACAGAUCGAAGUACCUCAUGGGAAAUUGACCAACACCCUUUUGAACAAUCGCAACGUUUACAUAUUGGAUUGUCACGUGGAUGUUUAUGUUUGGUUCGGCAAAAAAUCCACGAGGUUGGUACGAGCAGCGGCUGUUAAACUUUCUCAAGAGUUGUUCAACAUGAUAGAACGACCGGGAUAUGCAAUGGUAACCAGAUUGCAAGAAGGAACCGAAUCGCAGAUCUUCAAAUCAAAAUUUGCCGGCUGGGACGAAGUUAUAGCGGUUGAUUUUACCAGAACCGCGGAGUCAGUCGCGAAAACUGGCGCUGAUCUGACUAAAUGGGCGAAACAACAAGAAACGAAGGCUGAUUUAGCCGCGCUCUUCAUGCCGAGACAACCGCCUAUGUCGUUUACCGAAGCUCAACAAUUAAUGUCGGAAUGGAACGAUGAUUUAGAAGCGAUGGAAGCGUUGGUUUUAGAGGGGAAAAAAUUUGUACGAUUGCCGGAGGAAGAAUUGGGACAUUUUUACAGUAGCGAUUGUUACGUGUUUCUCUGUCGUUAUUGGAUGCCGUUGGACACAACGGAGAACGAGGACGGCGACGAGCAAUUCGAAGAGGAUUAUCAGUGUACGGUGUAUUUUUGGCAAGGUAGAGACGCCGGAAAUAUGGGAUGGCUCACGUUCACGUUCAGUUUACAGAAGAAAUUUAAAUCUUUGUUCGGCGAAAAUUUAGAAGUCGUUAGAACUCAUCAACAACAAGAGAAUUUGAAGUUCUUGGCUUACUUCAAAAGGAAAUUUAUCGUUCAUCGUGGUAAGCGUAAACAGCCUAAAACUUCCGGUAGUAACAAAGUUGAAUUUUACCACUUGAGAAGUAACGGGAGUGCAUUGUGCACCAGACUGAUACAAAUACCGGCUGAUUCUACAUUGUUCGUCCUACUCCCGUUGUACUCUACCGUGUUGUACUUAUUCCACAGUUAUAUUUUAAACGUUCCGUUCAAUAACGACGACGAAACGGGAAUAGUAUACGCCUGGAUUGGUUCCAAAGCGGACAGCGAGGAAGCACGUUUGAUUCAAGAAAUCGCCGAAGAAAUGUUUAAUAACCCAUGGAUAAGUUUGCAAGUGUUGAACGAAGGCGAAGAGCCGGACAAUUUCUUUUGGGUAGCUCUUGGUGGGAAAAAGCCAUACGAUACCGACGCGGAAUACAUGAAUUAUACGAGACUGUUUAGAUGUUCAAACGAGAAAGGAUACUUUACCAUCAGCGAAAAAUGCACUGAUUUUUGUCAGGAUGACUUGGCGGAUGACGAUAUCAUGAUACUCGAUAAUGGCGAACAAGUAUUUUUGUGGUUGGGCAGUCGAUGUUCAGAAGUAGAAAUUAAAUUGGCAUACAAGUCUGCUCAGGUGUAUAUCCAACAUUUACGAGUGAAACAGCCGGACAGGCCACGUAAAUUGUACUUGACGGCAAAGGGGAAAGAAUCUCGAAGAUUUACCAAAUGUUUUCACGGUUGGAGUUCGCACAAAAGAGCACCUCAAUAAAAAAUAUUUAAUGCGAUAUACGAAAAAAAUUGUAAAAUCUAUGUUACCGAUAGAUUGCGAAAUUUUUUGCAUUUAAAGAAAUUUGAGUGUGAAAAAUGGAUGCAAAUGCAAAUAACGCGCAAUGAUACGCAAAAUAUUUAAAAUACAACGCUUCUUUUAAACGAGAUAAAUUCGAUUUCAUUUUUUAAAUUGACUUUGUGAAAAUACAAAUAAUCGUACGAACAGUUAUCAGUGGCUGUCGAUAAUGCAAAUUUCUCACGAAGACAGAAAAACGAAGCAACUUUCUAACGUCGAAAGAUGUUACUGCGAUUCUUGAAAAUUCCAUUAAAAACUCGCAAACUUACUUUCUCACAUUACGUUUAUUUUCGAAUCUAUCUAUAUCAUAGCCAUCUAUCCGAAGCGAUAUUUACAAAAUAUUUGCAUGUCGCGUAUACCCAAGUACGUGCAUUUCCUAUAUAUAUUUAACGGGAACAUUUUGGAACACGUACGUAUUUGUAAGUGCAAAAUCUAUUUGUUUUUCAACGAAGAUUAGUAAUCAGAGACGGACACCGUUUCGAUUUUGCGUACGUUAAACUCUAAAACAUAGAAUCAAAAAGAAAGCGCAUAAUUGAUUUAGGUCAAACGAUAAGUCGGGAACUAUGUGCGUAAAACAUUUGCUGUCCCGUCAGAUCAGACACAUUGCACCAUCUUGAAUCUUUUCAUAAAUUGUCACAGACCUUGAAACGGAAAACGACAUGUAGAAACAAGAGCCUAUUUUCCUCGCGAAGAAAGAUCGAUACGACGUACGACUGUCGAGGAUGAACUAGGACGAACUUGUUUGCACAAAGAAGGUGCGUUUCAAGGACGCGUAAAAAGAUCGACGGAGGCGUUGCGUGAAAAAUAUAAAUUAGGUGAACUAGGACUAGCUUGGAUUUUUGUCUUCGAGUAAAGUGCGUACCGCGUGAAUUAAUCGUCGUCGUCGUCGUCGUCCGAAGGUACGAAUAGCUCUUUCUCUUCGAGGAAAUUAGCUAUCAUUUUGCUUAAAUUAGUUCCUAUGAUCAAUCCUGUUACGACGCCGGAAAGAACACGCAAAAAGCCGAAACGUAUUUUUUUCGGUUCUGGUAGAAUAGCACCUGAAGGUGUUGUUGUUCUUGGUCGAAAAUGUAACUUCGUUUCUCCAUCGAUUUUCCUCAAAUUGCCGAUAGUUUGGAGUACGAUGGAUGUGCGUUGCAAUGCCAUUUUUCGAUUUCAGCAACAAACUGAGUACGCAACGUACUGUACAACGUCGCUCGUAUAUUACAGUUACAAUUUUGCGAGUGGCAUAAACUUCAGCAUUAACAGACAAAAGCGAAACAUUCUUAACCUCUUUACGACGAGUUUGAAAUAUCAACUGGAAAGCUCUUAAUGAUACACACGCACACACACGUUCAUAUCCACGUGCACACACGCACACACACCGUAUUUUGAUUAGACGCAGGCCCGGUGAAACGUCGAUGAUACGAGUUACGUUCAAAACGUGAUCGCUGUCACGAGCAACACGAGCAGCGUAGCAUAGCAGAUAAAGAUCGGAUGUUACUUCAUCGCACGCAUUCGCAGCACGCAUGCGAAUGAUACAAAGCGUGACGAACCAUGUUUGUCGAACCGAUAGUGACAAGUAUAAAAUAUUUAACUAAAUACGGGACGAGCCCGACGUUAAACGAGACUGCGUUUCAAAAUAUGAAAUGCCAAUCUGAAAAGAUCUAAAUGUUUUUAACGUCUUUUAAGAUUUGCCACCUGAUAAAUAGAGGAAUUACAACUCAAUCGCGAUAAAAUCAGUAACGUACAGGUUAUGUAUAAAAUGAUCUUUGUUGAUCGAACUAUCGAAAGAAAGUGUCGUGUCGAAAGUACGACUGAGAACGGUACAUUAUAGCUUGUCAUUCUCGGUAUGUGCGAUUUAAAUGCAUAUGCAAUAAUGAAAUAUAUAUAUACACUUAUCAACGAAAGUAUUUACACACUUAUUAUUUUUUUUAUAAAUUGCCUCCCAUCAAAAAUGUAGCGAUAAAAACUUCGAAACUUACACGUAUACUCGUGCAAGUCUUGUAAAAAAUUUUAGAAAAAAAUGAUUUUAAAAUUGAGUAGGUCGAUAAAGCAGAUAUAACCAAGCGAAUUUUUUAAAAAUUGCCUCCUUGUGCUGCCACGAUGUUAUGAAGUAACUCUUCAUUUCGCAAAGUCAUUUGAUUUCGAAAAACGCUAAUUUGCGACUUAUAAACUCUAAAAUUUCAACGAUGAAAUUUCGAAUAUAAACACUCGGAAAACAUAGGUUAAAACAGACGGUAAGAAACAUGGAGAAAGAUCGAAAAUAUAGAAGAAUACGGUUUCGAAUUAUCACGCACGUACGUUUAAUUAAAUUAAAUUUAAUUACAUUUUACUCACUCUUGAUCCAACCGGAAUUACAAAUCUAUAUCAUCCGAAAUAUAAAGACGUGU